GUCCACACCGACGCACCAGGCCUGUAGUUUGAAAGCUGUCUGGGCCCAGGCGAGUAGCCCACAUUGCGAACAAAGUUACAGUAUUUUGAAAUAAACCCAAGGAAUUACUGAGCCGUUCCCGGCGGAAAAGACGUGCGCUAUACUCGGACCAUGCGGCGGUGAGAGGGAGCGGCGACCCCGGCAAGGAUACGCGGAGGCGGACGCGCUUUUUGGGCAGCAUUGUUUUAUGGCAUCUUGGACUGAGUUGCAUUGAACUCCGCACGCAAGGAGAAAAGAAAGCUAGCUGGCUAACGGUUGCUAGCUGGCGAGCUAGCUGGCUAGGCGAGCUAGCGGCGAGCUAUCCGGCCAACUCGCGUGCUAUUCACUUCCUUGUUGCACACUGGAGUGUGAUGGAAGGCGAGAAGAAGUUUGUGGGAGCGAGACGGAGUUUAUUACUUCAACUUUAACACUAUCCGAUUAAUGGAUGUACACGCUCGCACACGCUGCAACGUCUCAGAAGAACUGGAUUUAAAAUUUAGAGCCGCUUUGGGCCUGUGCUUUGACCAUGAAAUGGAAUGUCUAGCCGGACAGUUAGCUAUUGGCAGCUAGCUGGCUAACCCGACUACCAUUAGCUAGCAAAUCUGGGAGAUGUCCGUCCUGGAGUACAAUGGUUGAGUACCGACUGGCUCUAUAACCGAACACCAUAUUGUGGAUUUUGUGUAACGGAAUCUGCGGGCGCCAGGUGUCAUGAACUACCGUCUGGGGUAACUCACUUUUUCUGGACCCUCAAGCGAGCUAGCUUUGUAAUGCUAACGUUAAGCUUGUGACUUAGCUAGCUAGCUGGCUGGCUGGCUGUCUUAAUUGUGAAUAUACGUUAGCUAACUAGCCUGUUACACAGCUAGCCCAAUGUUUUGUUUCGCGACACAGCAAAGAGCACAGCUUAGUCAUAGUAUAUAAUAUAAGAUAUUCUCAAAGUGGCUGUAGCAUUUGAUUUGUAGAUAAAUGCCUAAUUCGGAGGUGCUUCGCGAAGGUCGGGGACGGAGCCCCUCCGCACAGAGGAAUGCUAACAGGCAGGACAGGCGCAGUAGUAAGCCGGGGAGCGGUGCUGCUCAGCGGGACAGGCACCGCGAGAAGAGGCGCUCGUCGGUUUCCAGGAGAAAGAGACGCAGGCAGGCCAAGGAUAGAAACUUGUGGCAGAGCGGUACAACAGGGGACCCUGACAAUGACCGAAAGGGCACUUUUGAAAAAGAGGCUGAACUUCGGACACUGGUAGAGUACGAUGACGUGAGCUCCCAGUCGGAGCGAUUCUCUGGGAGCCCCUCUCCCAAACUUGACCCCAGUGCUGACCGGCUCUCCGUGGACCGACUCAGCGAUGCAGACUUUGGUGAAUUCAACGGACCAGCAUCCCCAGACAGGAGCCACCCGAGAGUCCGGGAGGCGGUGAGCGGCGGCAAGGACGAACAAAUCAGGGGACCAUCCGAGAGGAGCAAGCAGGAGAAGGAGGUGGGCAGGAAGAAGGACCGCCAGAGCCGUGAGAGAGACUCCUCAAAAGUCAGGAGUGGAGGCAGCCUGGGUGGCUCUAAGAAUCACAGGGACACUACAAGGAGCAGUGACAGAAAUGGUAAAAGGACAUCUACGUCUCAGUCCUCGCAGUCUGCAGAUAAAAGGGACUCCAAAGGGCACAGGAGUAAAACAAGAUCUGACAAGGAGCCCCCGUCUGCAUACAGAGAUGCUCCACAAUCUUACAGAGAUGACCGUGAAGACCUCAGGGCAUACAGGAGAAGUCCUGGUUUCAAAGCAGAAAGUCCCUAUGGGACAUACAGCUACCAGUCUCCUGGUGGUUAUAACCAGCUUAUAUCUAGAAGAAGUCCAACCUAUGGGAGCAAAAGACUCUCUCCCAGUUCCACGUAUUACAGUCGGGAUGCAGACGUGUAUGGGGCAUACGGUAUGCCGAAGUCACCCAGUUCGUAUUCAAGCAACAAAAGAAAGCGAUCCCCUGCCAGCCCUGCCAACUGGCGCAGGUCCCCGAGCUAUGGCCGACACAGUCCGUACGAACAAGGAGAGUUUGGGUCAAGUCCUUAUGGAAACCGCAGGAGAUCACGAAGUCCUUACAGAAAGUCCCUGAGCCCAAGUCCAGAUGUCAGGCGAUCUGCCAGGUCGCGCAGCAGAAGUCCAUAUUCAUCCUCAAGGCAUUCACGUUCUCGCAGCCGUCACCGUCACUCCCGCUCCCGCAGUCGCCCCUCGAGCCUUUCACCGAGCACGCUCACCUUCAAAACCAGUCUUGCAGCUGAACUCAGCAAGCAGAAAAAGGCUAAAGCCGCAGAGGCAGCUGCCAAGGCCAAGAAUUCCAGCAACACAUCUACUCCAACCAAGGGUUCCUCAUCCACUCACCAACCCAGCCCCAAGUCCAAUCACUCAUCCAGAAAGGGCCGCCCUCCCUCGCCACCUCAACCCGAGAAAGGUCCCAGAACUCCCACAGUGAGCCUGCCUCAGUCCCCCUCCGACAAGUCGUCCAGGAGGACCACCGACCACCAGACCAGCAAGGACAGAGAUGCAAAGGGGAAAGAUGACGCUGUACAUCGGGAUAAAAGGAAAGCACCAGCAUCCGGACAGAGCAAAGACAGGGAACGCACCACUGGUCCACUCAUCUCAACUCUAGCAUCCCUCCCAUUGCCCCAAACAGUUCUUGAGCACAUGGACAAAGGAGAAAGCUUGAAGGAUAGCUCGCACUCAGGGAAGAAAAAAUCUGACAGAAAGGCUCGUCCGCUUCUCACCGACCUGCCUCUGCCCCCCGAACUUCCUGGUGGCACGUCUUCCCCGCACAGCCCACCGGAAGAUAAAAAGUCCCAAACACUUCGCAGAAGACCCAAAAUUUGUGGUCCAAGAUACGGCGAGAUUAAGGAAACGGAGAUCGAUUGGGGCAAACGGUGUGUGGACAAGUUUGAGAUCAUUGGAAUCACAGGAGAAGGCACCUACGGCCAGGUGUACAAAGCUAAAGACAAAGACACUGCUGAAAUGGUGGCACUGAAGAAGGUUCGGCUGGACAAUGAGAAGGAGGGCUUCCCGAUCACCGCUAUUAGAGAGAUUAAGAUUUUGCGACAACUCAACCACAAGAGCAUCAUAAACAUGAAGGAGAUUGUAACAGACAAGGAAGACGCUCUAGAUUUCAAGAAUGACAAAGGUGCUUUCUAUCUCGUAUUUGAAUACAUGGACCACGACCUGAUGGGCCUGCUCGAGUCCGGCUUGGUCCAUUUCAACGAGAGCCACAUCAAGUCGUUCAUGCGACAGCUGCUGGAAGGGCUGGAUUACUGCCACAAGAAGAACUUUCUGCAUAGAGACAUCAAGUGCUCAAAUAUUCUGCUCAAUAACAAAGGUCAAAUAAAGCUCGCUGACUUUGGUCUUGCUCGGCUGUAUAACUCUGAAGAGAGUCGUCCAUACACCAAUAAAGUGAUUACACUGUGGUACCGUCCCCCAGAGUUACUUCUGGGAGAAGAGAGGUACACGCCGGCUAUCGACGUGUGGAGCUGCGGAUGCAUUCUCGGAGAACUGUUCACAAAGAAACCAAUUUUCCAAGCUAACCAGGAACUCGCCCAGUUGGAGCUCAUCAGCCGAAUAUGUGGCAGCCCAUGUCCUGCUGUGUGGCCAGAUGUCAUCAAACUCCCCUUCUUCAACACCAUGAAACCAAAGAAACAGUACAGGAGACGCUUACGAGAGGAGUUUGCUUUCAUCCCUCCGUCUGCCCUGGACCUGUUCGACCACAUGUUGAACCUGGAUCCCAGUAAACGCUGUACAGCCGAGCAAGCUUUGGGCAGCGAGUUCCUCAAAGACGUGGACCCAGACAAGAUGCCCCCACCAGAUCUUCCACUGUGGCAGGACUGUCACGAGCUGUGGAGUAAGAAACGGCGGCGACAGAAGCAGAUACCGGAGGAGCUGGCGGCCCCCAAGGCGCCACGCAAAGAGCUGGGCCUUGACGACAGCCGCAGCAACACUCCCCAGGGCUUCCCCGCUCCUGGAGGUGUCAAAGCUCAAAAUGCAGCUGCUUCUGCGCUGCUGGACCCAAAAGGUCCGAACUCUCAGUUAACCCAGGAGCAGCUGGCGGUCCUCCUAAACUUCCUCGGUCAGCCGACGGGCGCAGUCAACACGGCCCAGUUUGUCCAGUCCAUGAGCACAAAGGUCAAUCAGGAAACAUUACAGCAGCUCUCCAAAGCCCUCGCACCCACCGACCCAGCUGAGCCUCCGCCUCCUCAGCCUACACCCGCCAAGCCUCCCCAGCCCGCUGCUCCGGCCGGAGUGCCCCGCACACCCCCGAUGCCCAAGCCUCCCUCACCCCCCAUGUCUGCGCCUUCGGUUAUUCCAGAAGGAGAGGCAGCAGCUGCGACGCAGACAGCCAUGACAAUGCUGCUGGCUCAGCUCCUCCAGGCCCAGCAGGGUCAGAGGCAGGAACCCAGUGAAGCUGGAGAAGCAUCGGAGAGUACGAACCCUGCAGGAGGAGCACCAGGGGGGCAGCUGCUAGCUCCAGAGGUCAAACAGCCUCCAGAGCCCAGCCCAGUCUCUCCAGUGUCUGAAGUAGGUGGAGUGUCGAUCCUGCCCCCAGACCAGAGACCACCUGAGCCCCCAGAGCCGCCUCCUCAUGCUGACCUGGACUACCGCCAGCCUCCACCUGAGCCCAAGACCGGCCACGCUCCCCCAAUCGCAUCUGCAGGUGGAGGCGAUGGAGGGAGACCCCCAGAGCCAGACUACCCACCUCUCCCUACGGCAGAGGGGCCUGGAUACGGGGGAGACUACAGCCACCCACCUCCUCCACCCUUCACCCCUGCAGGGUUCGGGGACGGCUACAUGGGCCACAUGUUAGGCGGAGGCCUGCCUCCUCAUGCUCUGAGAGAAGUGUUCAGCGGACCAGGCCAGGCUGCCGGCUCCUCAUCUGUCUCGGGAGUUCUGGCCCCGGCCCACCCUGACCCCUUCCCUCCAGGAGCCGGGGCCACCGGUUCCAGCAGCAUGGUGUUCACCGGGGACAAGGACCACCGUUUUAAGUACAAUCACAGCCCUUUACCUGAGGGACAGCCUAACCCCAGUGCUAUCCACCUGUACAACCACGCCAUGGCUAGAAAGGAUGGUGUACCUCCUCCCCCGCCCAUCCCAGCACCAGGACAACCCUGGGGCUCCCCUUCCCAAGUCGGGGCUCCACCACUACCCCUCGGCUUCGUCCCACACGUGAACUCGACAGCAACAAUCAGAGGACGAGGGCUGCCUUUCUGAAAGACUGGAAAUAUGGAAUUGAACAGUUUGUGACAAAAAAAGGCGCGAGGACUCGGUGUCGAGCCUGGAGCCUCUCAGGCCAGACCAGACCAGACCAGACCAGACCAGACCGACCCGGAGAUGCACACUCAGUUUGUAAUAACUUAAAUCUGUGUAAGGCAUUGUAUCCCUCCUCAGUCUGGAAUGUGGAGUAUGUCGCAGAAGGACAGCUGAAUAACACCGGAGGAGCUUUUCUUGCUCAUACCAUUUUCAUAUUUUUUUGUAAUCUAUUUUGCUGUCUUUUAAAUUAAACUUUUACCCUUUUUGAGUGUACAUUUAUCAGGCCGGGUAAAAAUUUUAAACCUCUACCUUUAGCCUUUCUGUAAUUGCUCCAGGGCAAACUAGUAUUAAUGUUUUGCACUACUGACUGAAGUAGGCGGAAACUAUUUUAGCUAUGAGAGGAAAUGGAUUGUGUGCUCUAUCUGCACAAUUAGGAAUAUGACCAGUAAUGUAGUGUCCUCUUUUUUUAUGGCCAUGAUUAUGUUGAGACAAUGGUGGCUCAGUUGAAUGGGUUGAUGGCUUAGGUAUCAGCACACAGGGAGCUAUUCGAGGAAAAAAAAAAAAAAAAGGACUGUUAGUUCCGGAGAGACUGGUAGCACUUGGAUGACUGCAGCGAAUCUGAUGGGACUUCAUGCAGAAAGGCUGUUUUCACUUUAAAUUCCACAUGCCUUUUUGACAAUAGGUGUUGUAAAAUCACAAGCAAAACAAAAAAAAACACACACACAUAACCCGAGUUCAAAAAGGAAACAAUGUCUUUUUUUUUUUUUUUUGUACUAAAAUGAUUUUGUCCCCCUCCCUCCUCCUUUGGCAAAUGUUUAUUAAAGAAAUGCCAACAACA